CCUCUGAGCAACAAGCUCCUUUGUCUUUACAAUCAUCCAGGUCUUCACAAUUUUCUUUGUCUUUACAAUCUUCUUCGUCUUCACGAUCUUCUUUUUAUUCACAAUCAUCGUCUUUGCAAAGUUCAAAGUUAGCUCCAAUUAAUACAUACCUUAUCAAGGCAAACCCUACAAAAAAAGAGCUAAUGUCUAAAAUUAGGUUAUUAAAUGAAAGAGUUGAACGUUUGGAAGAAGAGAUUGAAACUCUUAAUAACCCUGAGGCGGAGAAGGAGGCAGAAAAGAUAUCCAACGAGAAACAACGUAAAAAAGAAGAAGCUAUCCAAAAAUGGACAGCACGUGAAGCUGAGAAGGUGCAGAAGCAAGAGGUACAGAGAAAAAAAAAGGAGGAAACAGAACGUUUGAAGGCAGAAAAGCAACGUAUUAAGGAUACGAACUGA